AGCAAAAAGCACCAUCUGUUAUCGGACCUAUCGUUCUUCGAUAAAAAUAAAGAAAAAUAAAACGCAGGAGGAAAAUACUGAAUUCCGCAACUGGAGGCCAUGAUAUGAGUUAGUCCGACCAGCAAAAUAAUCCCAAUCCGAGUCCCGAGAUGACGGAGCAAGAGGAUUUGGCUAGCGGUGGAGGCAGUGCGUCGGCGGGGUCCGGAAACAAUUGCCAAAACCAACUGCAGCAAUGUGUGCGUGGGAAUGUCACCUGGGAAUUGUUGCCCGUUCACCUGCGAUCUGUGCUUCACAACAAUCAGCGCGACUACGAGAAGUUUGUCUUUAACUAUAGUUUGAAGAAUCAGCUAAGAUUUCGGGGGAACCUGGCCGCCAAGGUAUUUCGCCGGGAGCAGCGAUACUACGAGUUGUUGGUCCAGAAAAGCAUUAAUGGCCUGGGUGCAUUUCCCUACCAUCUGGCAGAUAUUGUAACAAAGGGUUUGAGGGUCACGCCCUUUAACUAUUAUUUGGAUGUUUUGGGUCAGCUUUUGAGGAGCGAUAAAAGCUAUGAUACUUUGCCCAACUUUACGGCUGCCGAUUGUCUUCGUGUCUUGGGCAUUGGCCGAAAUGAGUACCUGGCCCUCAUCAGUGAUUUGAAAACCCAUACGCCACGUUCUUUAAUCUUUGGGUCGCGACCCAAUCCACUUGACUUCCUGCCACGCUUUCCUGUGCGCAUCCACAUCGAACCCUGGUGGCGAUUGGACAUUGGCUAUGUCCUAGAAGCAGAUAUCCGAUUCUUAUCGCCCGCGGAAAGAGGUCUAUUGGAUGACCUCAUCGAUUUUGGUGCCCAGCCGGCUGGGAAAUGCGAUCACGAGGUGGUGCACAGUCUGUACAAGAAGGGUCUGAUCUAUUUAGAUGUGCCCAUUAGUGGAGAGGAUAGGAUAUCGAUUCCACCGCUGCGGAACUUUGUAAUGAAUCGAGUUAGUGGCGAUUACUUUGAGAAUCUGCUUUACAAGAUUUUUGUCAGCGCGGAUGAGCACAUGACUAUUGCCGAGCUGGCUCAAAUGCUGCAAUUGGAGCUGGACAGCGUUAAGCAGGCCAUUUCGUUCAUCUGCCGGCUUGGCUUUGCUCAUCGUAAGCAGGAUCAGCUAAAUCAGCCAAAUCAUUCCAGCUGGGAAGGUUACAACCACCAACAAACUCCCGAAACGCCACAGAUUACGCCAUUAAAUUACAAUCUACAUGCCAGUAGCAGCUUCGAAUUUGACCAGAGUCCUAAAUCACCAAAGACGCCUAAGGAUAGAGAGAAGGACAAAGAUAAGGACAGCAGUUCCAUUGGCUAUCUUUCCUCGGAUGGUAAUACCAGUGACUUCAGCUUUGCCAAUCUAAAUACAACGCCCCAGGAAAGAAUGAAUAACAGCGAUGAGCAAGAACUGAGUUCUGAGCUGGAACCAGAGGAUGUGAGUAUCACAAAGCAGGCUGCUCAAACCGCAGCUGCUCUGCCAAAAAGCGGUAAAAGGGUGGGAUUCCUUUUCGAUUCCACACUCACUGCUUUUCUGAUGAUGGGCAACCUAUCUCCUGGUUUAAAGAACCAUGCUGUGACUAUGUUCGAAGUGGGUAAAUUGUGUGAGGAAAGCUUGGACAGCUUUCUGGCUGAACUGGAGCAGGUUUCGCUGCUGGAUGCGGAGGGCGAGGGUGAUGUCUCGCGUUACUUUGCCCACGCCGUUAUUCUGCGAUCUACAAUUUGCUCACUGCGGCAUUUGCUGCCUGGUGGUUUGGAUCUCUUGCGACUAGAGUGUCUGGAGGGCUUGGACCGACAAACAAGAGAUCGCGUUCUGGAGAAGAAGUACAAGUUUAUCAUUGCCGCAUCGCCGCUGACGGCGUCACUCAGUCAUACAUUUAGCAUUCCCUACUUUGGCCAAUUCCUACGCAGCUCCGAUGUGGCACCCAUGUGGAUGAAGCUGUUCUACAAUCAUAUCACAGGCUAUGGACCGCCUAGCUUGCUGCUUUGCCGAGGAACUGUACUGAAGACCUUGCCACGUCUUUUUUUGGGCUACGGAAAACUCCUGGUGAACAUCCUGCAUUCGGAUUCGUACGUGCUUAAUUCGGAGAACUUUCGCAACCUGAAUGAUCAACUCAAAAAUGGUUGUGUGCUACUUCAGGGUUAUGGGAUCCGUACAGCCGGCGUUCUUCACUAUGAGUCAUUUCCGUUCCAACCUUCAGACACGCGACAAGCUAAGUGGGCCGGGCAUCGGGCCGUACGGAAGCUAUCCAACCUAUUGGAUCUGCGCCAGCAAUGCGGCUUUAUAACAUUCCUAAACACUGGUGUGCCAGAUCUCGGCUGCGAAGAUUACGAGCUGCAGGUGCGUUUAAAGCCGGCGCAACGCCAGAAACGCUCCUCGAUUGCAGCGCCCAGCAAACCAAACAAUGUGCCAAGUACCGAGGUGACAAGCUUUCAAUUAAAGAGUCCCGAUGAAAACCACUUUGCGGCCACGCCGGAACAUGGUCCUGCGAAUGAGUUUACCUCAGCGGAUUGUAGUCAAGUGCUGGCUAGCGAACUGGCCAAGUGCAGUAGUCGUGCGGAUCUAGUCUCGCAGAAUUCUGUGGAGAUACCUAUGGCAUUGGAGGACAUAUCCCCGUCGGUGGAUGAGGGACAAGAGGAGGACGCAACUGAAGAGUGGACCCUGCUGGAUGUAAGUUUUGGUGUACCACUUUUCGAUGUCGAUACCAAUACAAGGAUUUGCGAGCAGUUGGUCCAACGACUCUGCAGCGAUGCCAAUUUGGAAGCAUUGCCUGUGGCCGCCGGGCAGGCUCAGGUUCUUUUCCUGGAUUUCGUGCGGCAAUGCCUGUACUUUGAAGAUGAUCCGGUCAGGCAGUCAGUCCAGGCUAACCGGCCACUUCCUCAUCCAAGAAUAAACCUGGCAUUUGAAAACGGACACGUGGGCCAUUGGAAUGGGCGCUAAGAAGCCCACGCACUAAUGCAUUCCCCGAGUAUUCCGCAUUUUAUUUACUUUCCCAGUUACUUAUCAGUUUGUGUACAGUUGGCGGACCGAAUUAUAAGCAAACAGAUUUAUAUUUAUAUAUACGUAUAUAUAACCGCUACCGCAUUCACAUAUUCUAACCCAUCACCCAAGUCAGCAUCGCAGUCUUAAAGUUUGCGUUCGUUUUUAUUAGUUUUGUAAGCUCCUUGGGGAGAACGAAAGAUAAAGAUUGGCGUUGUGCCCUCCAACCAUAUACACAUGCAUAGCUUACAUACCUAUAUACAAAUAUUAAUGUAUGUCUGAAUAAAUGCAAUUUUAAAACUUA